AGCCAUCUCAAGUAAGACAUAUCGAUAGCCUCUGAAAUCCUAAACGAGAAAGCGAAUUAGCAGAUACAUACCUGUCCAGGAUAUCUAAGAGCCACAUACCCCAGCCGGGAGCCUUUUGUCCGAGACUAUAGAAAUAAACGUAUCCACAGUUGUUAGAAUUCUGUUAAAAUAUGCCAUCAUCUAGGCCCUAGCUAAAGAUGUACUGUUUUACUUGUAAUUGGCAUCAAAAGCAAUGGUGUAACCGCACCUUCAUACCGUGUUCUAUGUGGGGUACCUAAUAUAGAGUUAACCAAAUCCCUAGAAUAGAAUAACUUCGACCGAGUAUCCGGGACUAUUCUUAAGUUCAUUGAGUUUGUUAGUUCAACCUAUCCGUUUUCAGCUGGUUGAUAUUGUAGGCUAGCUCGUUAGUCGACGCAGUAUGACAUCGAUCACUUAAUCUCUAUCCAGAUCACCGGGCGCUUAUAAUAAUAACGGCCGUCGACUUCAAAAUUCACUAGAACUCUCCUUUCAGCAUCGUGACACCUGGGCUUCUCGGCUGGCCUCGUCGACCUCCUUUGUUAUUCUCAUAUUUGUUAAUUAGCCAUGUCUUUUGAUUCUAUCCAUGCCUUCAAGGCCUCGCCCGGCGUGAUCAAGAUCGCGCCGUGGCAGGGUUUUGACAAGGUUUGGAUGUCCGUUACGGGAUAUCAUGCAAACGAGUUCAGGUUCAAGGAGGGAGUCACUCCGAUGUCGACCGUGACCGAGGCCGUGGGCAUGAUUGUUCUGUACCUCGUUGUCAUCUUCGGAGGCCGCGAGUUUAUGCGCAACCGCGAGCCGCUGAAGUUGAACGGUCUGUUCAAGGCUCACAACCUGUUCUUAACGCUACUGAGCGGUGGCCUCCUAGUUCUCUUCAUCGAGCAACUAGCCCCGUCUAUCUGGAAGCAUGGCCUCUACUCGAACAUCUGCACCGCAGAUGGCUGGACCGACGAGCUCGUAACUCUCUACUAUCUCAACUACAUCACCAAAUACAUCGAACUUAUUGAUACUGUCUUUUUGAUGGUCAAGAAGAAGCCUCUUACCUUCCUCCACACUUACCACCACCCGGCAACAGCAUUGCUGUGCUACACCCAACUGCUCGGUCACACGUCGGUGUCGUGGGUCCCGAUUACCCUGAACCUGACUGUGCACGUCGUGAUGUACUGGUACUACUUCCAAAGCGCACGAGGUGUCAAGGUUUGGUGGAAGGAGUGGAUUACCCGAAUGCAGAUUGGCCAGUUCAUUCUCGAUCUUGGGUUUGUGUACUUCGCAUCGUGGGACUAUUUUGCUAGUGCCCAUGCUCCGUAUCUGCCGCAUAUGGGGCGAUGCACGGGUAAGCCUUUCGCAGCUGUCUGUGGGUGCCUGAUCUUGAGCUCGUAUUUAGUGCUCUUUAUCAUGUUCUAUAUCUCCACAUACAGGAAGGCAUCCUCUCGCAGGGCCAAUAAGAAGUCAGACAAGCACGCGGUCUCAUCGAUAAAGCAGAGCGCGGCCAAGGUGGCCGACAGCUGCAGCGGAGUGGAACAUAUGAACAGCUCGAUAGUUUCCAGAAAGUGAUUUUCUGUCAGCUUUACCCAUUCAAGCCCAUCGCUUGGAUAUCUGCAUGGAAUGUGGAUACCUAAUCAUUAACUUGUCAUCCUCCUAAGUUCCAGAAGGGGAAAAGGGAGGGCGGCCCGGGGCGGAUGGAGUAGGCGUCCCUGUCUAUCAUUAAAACUAAUGAAAAUGUAUAAUUCUUAGUCUAAUGUAUACGCAUUUUCGAAUUGUUCCAAGUUUAGCGUUAUCGGCAGAAUAAUGAGAAAUAAAUGAUUUCAACGUAAAAUAAAGUAAGGCGUAUCGAAUUCCGGUAGUUGUCUGCAAGCAGGGGUGGGGGGUUAUGUUCUAGGCUAUCAUGUUGGCCUGAAGUUGAAAAAGAGGCGUGACGGCCAAGAGAAUUGGCAGGGCGGAAAUCUCCUUGAUCCUUGUAAGUGGACCCUUGUAAGUGGUCAAUGCCCCCUGCUGUGGGAUGUAACUGUUCCGGACCCCGCAGGCUUAGC